AUGCCUAGAUAUGGGCACACUAUAGGAAAAAACAAGAAGAAGCAGUGAAAAGUGCCGCUGGAAAGUGCAAAAAGUUAUGAAUUUAUAAGUUUACAUAGACAAAUAGUGCAUAUUACAAUCGCAAAAUGGACGUGCAACCGCCGCGUGAUGCUAGUUUACGAAAUAUUAUCGACAAACUGGCAGAGUUUGUGGCCAGGAAUGGGCCAGAAUUUGAGGCCAUUACCAAGCAGAAGCAGCAGAACAACCCAAAGUUCGAGUUCCUCUACGGCGGGGAGUUCGCCAGCUAUUAUCAAUUUAGGGUGGCAGCGGAACAGACUCUGCUGAAGCAGCAGGCCAUUAACCAACAACUGCCACCAGGUGCUCCAACCAGCCACUACAUGCAACAUCCGCCGCCAAUGCAGCAAUCCCAGCCACCUGGUCUCUAUCCGCCACCCAAUCAGCAGCCACAGCACCCGCCGGAAAACGCACAAGACAAUAUGCAAACGCAACCGCAGCACUCCUGGCCGCCAAACUCCAGUGGACCGCCAAACAAUCCGCAGCCCAAUGGCAAUGCCAUGGCCAUGAAUCUUACGUCCCAGCUGGAUGCCGUCAAGAUGCAGCAGAAGACGCUGCGGGAACAGAUCCAGCAAUCCGAAGCGAAUCUCUCCGCACAGCACACGGCCCUGAUGAACCAGAAGACAAAGCAGAUCGAGGAUGCAAUUGCGGCGGCGCAGACGGCGCAACAGGAACAGAUGGCUGGCGAACAGGGCAUUGUGCUGAGGGACUUCGAUGGCGUUCUGCAGCCGAUCAUCGAGUCCUGCACCAAGGACAGCAUCUCUGCAGGCAAGAACUGGAUUUUACAGCAUUCAACCGACAGCGCAAAAAUCAAUGUCGUUUUACAAUAUCUUUUAAAGAAGGCUUUGGUCAAUGGUUCAACGUUUCAGCAAAAAUUGCAUCUUAUAUAUUUAGUUAAUGAUAUACUCCACCACUGCAUGCGCAAAAACAUCAAUGACUUGAAGAACAGCCUCGAGAACGUCGUCAUUCCGAUGUUCUGCAGCGCCGACUUGAUUGCCAACCCAGACCAGCGCCAAAAGCUGGCCAAGCUGCUGUCCCUGUGGGAGUCCAAGGCAAAGUUCUUUGAUGCUUGCGUCAUCUCGAAGCUUCAGUCACCGGACUCGUCAAUGCAGGAGUACAAAACCAAUCUGCAGAAUACACAUCAUGAUAUAACAGCCAAAUUUACCCAGAAUACAAAUGCGACUCUGGAUAACUACCAGAAACAGCAUCAGGUAUUCAUUCAACACGCCAGCCAGCAAAUUUCCCAACUCGAGAAGCAGGCGCAGCAUCUGGAGCAGCAAAUAGUGGCCCAGAAGUCGCAGCAGCAACACAUGCUCCAGCAUCAGCAGAAGAACAUUCCAUCGCUGAUGUCCCACCGAAUAGCAAUGCCGGGUGAACAUGACCACAUGAAUAGCCAGGGGCCGCAUGAUCAGCAGCAUCCUCAGCCGGGAAAUAAUAUGUAUCCGGGCGGUAACUUCCAUCAGCAGCAACCGCAGCAGCAACCUCCGGGAAAUCCGUUUGCGGAUCCUCGGGGACCGAACUUCUUCAUUCCGGACAUGUCCAAACCACCACCAGGCUUUGCCGGACCCCCUAUGCAUCAUAAUCAGGGCCCAGCAAUGGGUCAUCCGCAGCAGCAACCACAACCGGGACAGUUUCCGCAAAUGCAGGGAUCUGGCAAUGAACCACCUGUUGACCUUGGCGUCCUCAGUGCAGCAAUUCAGGCGUGCUUACAGAUGCAGCAGCAACACCAUCCUGACGAUCCUCAGCAGCAGGGACAGCACCAACUGCAGCAGCAGCAGCAGCAGCAACAACAGCAGCAGCAGCCGCCGCCAAUGGCUGCCUAUCCCCAGAAUAUUGUGAGACCCGUCCAGCAAAAUCCCGAUUCCGAAGUGGACCUGGAUGUGCUCAAUGCGGCCAUUCGUGCGGUUAUAACCAAUAAAUCAGAGGACGGUACAGUACAAGAUGGCCAGCAACCACAGAAAUUGGCCGACGGAGAAUCUGGAGAUCCUGUUGUAAUUGGAGAGCCACAGAUACCUACAGCGCCUUACUACGACCUGCCAGCGGGCCUCAUGGUGCCACUUAUUCGUCUGGAGGAUUACAACUACAAAGCCCUCGACCCGGCGGAUAUACGACUGCCAGCUCCAGCGCCACAAAGCGAGCGUCUAACAAAUGCAUUGAAUGCCUUCUACUCCGCACCCUCCCACGAUCGUCCAAGGGAUAAUGAGGGUUGGGAGAAGCUUGGUCUCUAUGAGUACUACAAGGUGAAGAAUGCGGCUCGAAAGCAAAAGGAAGAGGAAAUCAAGGACGGCAUCCGAGAAAAGUCGCGUUCUCCCAGUCCGAUUGUGCUUGAAAAACCCCUACCUAAAAAGAGCAACAAGCGAGUUUACCGAUCCAAGAGUCGCAGUCGCAGUCGUUCCCGCUCAAAAACGCCGCCCCUUCGAGACAGAUCCGCCUCACGCUCCAGAUCCCGGUCGCGAUCCAACGAGCGCUCGUUAACCCCGCCACCGACGAACCGGAACAGGUCAGGCGGUGGUAGCAACCGCAAGGGUCGCAAUCGAUCUCCUCGCCACGAACGGGACAACAGCGGUAGCACAAACAGCAAUCGUGAGAGCCGUGCUGAACGCGGCAAUUCCAAUAGCAGAGACAAUGGCAACAGCAUCAACCUAAGACGUGUGGAUCGAGACAGAUCUCCAACCCCUCCGAGCUUUCUGGGAAGCACCUUUGCCAAGCCCGCGGAAUUCAUCGAGGAAUCUAACAAGGGCCACCAAAUGCUCAUGAAAAUGGGCUGGGCGGGCACUGGCACUGGACUAGGCUCAAAGAAUCAAGGCAUCGACACGCCCAUUUCGGGAGGCGAGGUGCGCGAUCGUCGAGAAAUGUACAAGGGAGUGGGUGCGAAUAUGCACGAUCCCUUUGAGAGCUUUCGCAAGAACAAGGGAGCUGCCUUUGCGCACCGGAUGCGAUCACGAGACGACAAGAGUUAGGAUCUGCCAACGGUCAAAACUUCCCCGUUUUUGUUUCCUUUAGCCCAGAAAAUAUAAAUUUGUAUAAAAGCAAACUGAA